GCAAAAUAAAGUCGUCAAAAACAGGUUCAUAUGGGCAACCCUGUCGUACAUUCUCAGUCAUUCUACACCUUGAAAAGGACACAUUCAUCCACUCUCCAGGGUUUUCGUUUUUUGCUGAAACCGUUAAUUCUCAUGAAUGAUAUAGCGGUCUAAAUGUUAUUCUCGCGACAUCGGGCAGCGAGACUACACUGGAGUAAAUAGUCGCCAUUUAUUUGCAAUGAGGAGAGGCCUACACAAUUAAGAUAGUUGUUGAGAGAUACUUUAUUGAGAAACAAGUCGUCUUCCCAUUGUGCAGCUAGAAUUUUUUAAAGUGAGACAACGAGAAGUAAACUGAACCAUAUGCAAGUCACUGGACCUUUGCUUUGAGGUGUAACGUUAUAAACACUUAGCUAACGUUGCUAGUUAGCCAACGUGAGCUAGACACACGGGUUUUAAAGAAGCCUAGCUAGCUAACGUUACCAGCCAAUGUUAGCUAGCUGACUUCUUGUCUUGAACAGAAUAAUAUUUUGGAUCUGACCCAUUCCAAAUGAGUUUUAACCGUGGAUACUGAGCUGAAAAGAAGUUAACUGGUGUCUAAACAUGAUAAUUGAAAACCUCGAUGCCUUGAAAACGUGGCUUUCCAAAACCCUCGAACCCAUUUGUGAUGCAGAUCCUUCUGCGCUAGCUAAAUAUGUCGUUGCCUUGGUGAAGAAGGACAAGAGCGAGAUAGAGCUGAAAGCCCUAUGCGUAGACCAGUUGGAUGUAUUUCUACAGAAAGAGACACAGACGUUUGUGGAGAAACUGUUUGAAGCUGUCAACUCCAAAAGCUACCUACCUCAACAGGACCCCCAGCCAGCCUCCACUGUCAGACUAGACAGAGAGGAUCAGAGGAGGGAUGAGCCAAGUCGUGAGGAGGACCGGGACAAGAAGUUCUCCAGGAGGGUUAUCCACAGUCCGCCAUCCAGCUCCCGUUACAGCCGAGAUAGCAGACGAGGGGAUGAUCGCAAAAGGGACGACCGCACUCGUAAACGAAGUGAUUAUGACCGCAACCCGCCAAGACGGGACUCCUACCGGGACCGCUACAACCGGAGGAGGGGGCGUAGCCGUAGCUACAGCCGCAGUAGGAGUCGGAGCAGGAGCAAGGAUCGGGCCCGGGACCGGGAGAGGGACCGAGACAGGGACCGGGACAGGGACCGCAGCAGGAGCAGAACCCACAGCAGGAGUCGCUCCAGGAGCAGAGAAAGGGAUUCUGGGAAGUCAAAGUAUGACCACGAGCGGGGGACGGAGGUUGGCGCUGGGGAUGUCCUCCUACCAAUCCAUACAGCAACCACCACAUUCCCCGUGCCCACCCUCAGCAGCACCAUCACUGUGAUCGCCCCCCAUGGCAACAGUGUCACCUCGGUGACGGGCAGCUGGACUGACUUCCAUCCUGACCACUCGCUGGAACGGCCCCUUCCUCCGCCUUUUACCCGGGGUCCGCCUCCACCUACGCAAGAGAGAAAACGUUGCCGUGACUACGAUGAGAAGGGUUUCUGUAUGAGGGGGGACAUGUGUCCGUUUGACCACGGCAGUGACCCGGUGGUGGUGGAGGACGUCAACCUGCCCAACAUGUUCCAAGGUCCUCCCCCAAUCCCUGGGGUCGACCCCGCCCAGCCUCCCCCAGGGCUCCCUCCGCCGCCAGGCCCUCCACCUCUCAUGACCCCUCCACCUGUCAACCUCCGGCCCCCUGUGCCCCCCCCAGGCGCCCUGCCACCCAGCUUGCCCCCCGUUGCAGGUCCCCCUCCCCCCCUGCCCCCGCUCCAGGCCUCGGGGAUGGAUGCUCCUCCCAACUCCAUCACAAGCUCUGUCCCCACGAUUGUCACCACUGGGAUACGACCUUCCAUACCCCAGGCCCCCCCACCCCUCUUCUCACCGGACCAGUAUGAGUCGGAGGUGUAUAACCCAGAGGCCCCCAGCCUGACCAACACCAUCCGCCCCCUCUACCGUCACCGUGCCAACGCCCAGAGACCCAACCUCAUCGGACUGACCAUGGGGAGCGUGGACAUGCCCCAUCGAGACCGAGAUAAGCUGGCCGGCAGCAACAUGAGGGUGGUUCUGGAGUCCGACUCCAGGAAGCGAUCUCUUCAGUCACAUGACGGUGGUGGAGGAAUGCCCCCCCAGAAACCCUGGUUCAACAAACCUGUCUUCAACCAGCAGAACCACCAGGGUGGGUUCCACAACAAGAACCCUCAUCACCAGAACCAGAGAAUUCCCCAGGGUUCCAACCCCAACACCAAGCUGGCUGUUCGCCAGAUUCCCCCAGAACUCAACAACAUCAGCAAGCUCAACGAACACUUCAGCAAGUUCGGAACGAUCGUCAACCUCCAGGUGGCCUACGGUGGGGAUGCUGAGAGCGCCCUGGUCCAGUUCUCCUGUCAUGACGAGGCCCGGGCCGCCAUGCAGAGCCCACAGGCUGUGCUCAACAACCGCUUCAUCCGGGUCCACUGGCACCGCGAUGACGGACCGGGUCAGGGGCAUCAGGGACCCCCGCCGCCACAACCACUCAUGCAGUCAGCCACCAGUCUGAAACAGUCAGUCAAAGACCGGCUGGGUCCUCUGCCUGCUGACAGCUCUGAGCCAGCCCAGGACUCCAGCACUGCCUCCCAGAAUGCCUCUAAAUCGAACCUCUCAGUGAAGGACAGGCUGGGGGUGUCUUCCAAACCAGGAAGUAUCCCCAGUGGACCAGCAGGAAAGGUGUUCACCUAUACAGGACUAACCAAGACGGUGUACAACAUGGCUGCUAUGAAGGCAGCCCAGAAGACGGCCCUCUUCGCUGGUGCGAGUGCCACUGAGGAGGCCCUGAAGAACAAACAGGAAGCCAUACGGCUCCAACAGGAAAUGAGAAAGAAGAAACAGGAAAUCCUGGAGAAGCACAUUGAGACUCAGAAGCUGUUGAUCUGCAAGUUGGAAAAGAAUAAGUCCAUGAAGCCAGAAGACAAGUCAGUGAUGAUGACCACCCUGGAAACACUCAUUAACAGCAUCACUAAACUACAGGAGGAGAUCAAGGCCAACCCCAACCCAGCAGCAAUACACAGCCUGCCCAAGAGCAAAGCUCAGGCACAGAGGGAAUUACUGGAUACAGAACUGGACCUGUAUCAGAAGACCCAGUCCGGGGAAGACACAGCCCAGCUGAAAAUAAGAUACACUCAGCUACAGCUAGAGGCAGCAAAGAGGGGCAUCCUGCUCCCGGGGCGCGGGAGAGGGGGCCAUGCCAGGGGGCGCGGGGCCCUCAGGAGCAGGGGUCGUGGUGGACGGGGUCGUGGCCGGGGCAGGGGGCGGGGCCUACCUGUUCACUCCACGGUGGACCACAGGCCCAGAGCGCUGGAGAUCUCGGGCUUCAGUGACGCAGACCGCCAAGACCUGCUACCCCACUUUGCUCAAUUUGGAGAGAUCGAGGACUGUGUGGUGGAGGAGACUUCCUGUCUGGCAGUCAUCACCUACAGGAGCCGAUUGGAGGCUGAGCAGGCGGCGGUACAUGGUGUUCGUCUGAACAACAGUGAUCUGCGUCUGUCUUGGCACAAGCCUCCCGUUUCCUUGACCUCCCAGGACCCCGAUGACCAGGAGCCUGACGAGGAGGAGUUCCAGGAGGAGUCGCUGGUUGAUGAUGCGUUGCUCCAGGAUGAUGAUGAGGAGGACGAUGAUAACGAGCCCCGCCCCUGGCGCAGAUGAAGAUGGCCCUGAUUGGAUAAAAUGCUAAUGCAUCUUUUUUCUUUCCAUUUGCUGAUUGGCUCAGUUUUUAAUUAUUAGGUGCAUUUCACUAUUGUUCUGACCUUAACAGUUAUUUCAUUUUGUUUUUGCUGACUCAAAAAAAGUACGAGCUGAAGUACUGUGUGAAUUUCAAGUAAAAACGUUUUUUUUUCUCAUGGAUUUUAAUUGUAAAAAUAGUUCAUUAACAUUAGGAUGGAACAGUCUAUUUUUGCUUAUUGGUUUUGAAAAGUCUGAUAACCGAUACAAAUGGCAUUGACCGAUGUGAUCAGAUUGACAAAUGAACAAUAUGCUGUUGAACACUGUGGAAUGUGAAGGGGUUAGAACCUCAGAGCGUUUGGUGAAGUCACUAAAAGACUAGAUUUAACUGUG